AUGGAACAGAGGAAUUCAUACUCAAUCCUCUGUUUUAUCCUCAUAAGUUUUGGUGUUGCUUUAGUUUCCGCACAACAACAAUGCAUGAACACUGGUACUUUCAGACUCAACAGUUUAUACGACGCAAAUCGUCGCCUCAUCCUUUCUUCUCUUCCUUCCAGUGUCAUGGCUCAAGAUCGCUUCUUCUUCCAAGGUUCGACUGGUCAAGAACCGAACCGCGUCUAUGCAAGAGCGAUGUGCAUCCCGGGAUCAACUUCAGAUGACUGCUCUGAUUGUAUCAAGACCGCGUCUAAUGGUUUGAUACAGAGUUGUCCUAACCAAACAAGGGCGUUUGCAUGGCGAGGUGAGCCUACACUUUGCCAUGUGCGCUACUCCAACACUUCUUUCUCAGAUGUAUCUUCAGAGCUAAACCCGAAUAAUGUGUUCAACAAUAAUGUGUUCAACAACACCGGAGAUAUCAACACAAAUCUAACAGAGUUCGCGGCUAAAUGGGAAAACUUAACUGCUCAUUUGAUUGUUGCAGCCUCCACAGAAAACAGCACACCAUCCUCUAGCAGUAACUAUUACAAAGCUGAUGCUGUAGCCUUGACGCCUUUCCAAAACAUUUAUGCGUUGAUGCAAUGCACGCCGGAUUCAAGUUCUCUUACUCAUGAUUGUGAAAAUUGUCUGAAACAGAACGUAGCUGACUACCAGUCAUGCUGUAGACAGACGCAAGGAGGCGUUAUUAUGCGGGCAAGCUGCUUUUUCCGUUGGGAUUUGAAACCAUUCUCCAAGGCUUUUGGGAAUAUAACUGUGGCUUCUCCUCCUCCUCUGCUGCAACCUGGCAAGAGAUUCAAUGGUAUUGUGGCAAUUCUUGUUCCCAUCGUAGUAGUUGCUUUCAUCAUCAUCAUCAUCUUAGUACUGACUGCUCGACGAUCUGCUGUACUUUGUUGGAGGAGAAAGCCAUAUGAAGAACUUGAUUUUGACCAAUGUGAGUCUGGUAUUUCAACAGUUGACUCCCUUCAAUUCGAACUUAAGACGCUUGAAGCUGCCACUGAUAAAUUUGCAAUGAGUAACAAGCUCGGUCAAGGUGGCUUCGGCGAAGUUUUUAAGGGUAUGUUGCCUAAUGGAACAGAAGUUGCAGUGAAGAGACUAUCGAAAGCAUCAGAGCAAGGCGCACCAGAGUUCAAGAACGAGGUUGUUGUUGUUGCGAAACUUCAUCAUAGGAAUCUUGUUAGACUUCUCGGCUUUUGUUUGGAAGGAAAAGAGAAGAUACUUGUUUUUGAGUUUGUCCACAACAAGAGCCUCGAUUACUUCCUAUUUGAUCCUAAAAAGCAAGGGCAGUUAGACUGGACAAAACGGUACAACAUUAUUGGGGGAAUCACUCGAGGGGUAUUAUAUCUGCAUCAAGAUUCACAGCUCACAAUCAUCCACCGUGACCUCAAAGCUAGCAAUAUUCUCCUAGAUGUCGAUAUGAACCCGAAAAUUGCUGAUUUUGGAAUGGCGAGAAUUUUUGGGAUGGACCAAAGUGGGGCUAAUACAAAGAGAAUAGUUGGGACUCGUGGUUACAUGCCCCCAGAAUAUGUGAUGCAUGGUCGAUUCUCAACAAAAUCUGAUGUCUACAGUUUCGGUGUCUUAGUUCUUGAGAUUAUAUCUGGUCGAAAUAACAGAUUUGUCCACCAGUCAGACACUACAAUUGAGAAUUUGGUGACACACGCUUGGAGGUUGUGGAGAAACGGCUCACCAUUAGAACUUGUGGAUCCAACCAUUUCAGAGAAAUGUCAAACGAAAGAAGUGACAAGAUGCAUCCACAUUGCGCUGCUAUGUGUUCAACACGAUCCUACAGAUCGUCCAAAGUUGUCGACAAUCAACAUGAUGCUCACUCACAAUUCCCUUCAUUUACCUGAUCCUCGACAACCUGGAUUCUUCUAUCCAAAUAGACGCAACCAAGAAUUAGAUGGCCUGGAGUCUAGCCAGUCCACAAACAGGGUCAGUUCCCAAACUAUCAAUGAUGUAACUGUUACAGAUCUUGAUCCUCGUUGAAGUUGGAACUGUUUGACAUAA